CACUAUUUUUAAAUAACACAUAAAUCCUUACCUGUAAAUAAAGUCUCGGCGACGGAGCGCCCGGAGGCGGGGAGGGAAGGACUCCGUCACCCUAUUCGGCCAUGGAUUACAGUCUCGCAGCGCUGAAGCUCUUGUGCUGCCAGCUAAAAGACGCUCGCCCGACUACCUCCGCCAUGACCCUCUACGGCAUCCUCUUCCAGCGCGCCUGGCUCCAGGGUGUUUUGGUUUCAGGUUGGGAGGAGGGGCGUUUCGUGCUCGACGACGGGUCCGACGUCGUCGAGCUGGGCAUAUCCUCUGAGUCCCGGCCUCAAGAGUGGAAGACGGGGAUGUAUGUUAUGGUUGUGGGGCAUUUUGUCGCUGCUUCUUCUCAAUCUAGUGGUUUUCCUCUAAUCAAGGUUCACAAGAUAGUUGAUCUCUCAGCAUACCCUGACAGGGAAGCAAUGUGGCAUUUGGAAGUCAUCGAGGCUUAUAAAUUGUUCUAUGUACCAUCAGUGGAAUGACAUUUGCGGUUUCUUCUUUCUACAUCCUGCUGGGACAAUAUACCUUUCAACUGCUUAUUAUCUUUAAGAAUUCAUCUUAUAUCCAUCUUGAAUAAUGCCUCAGAGAGUUGCAUAACAAUCCAAAUUUCCAGACUUGGCAGUGUAUACUUGACAUGGAACUAAUAUUUGCUUUGUUUAGGUUGCCUUUAGCAGGACUUUCCAAGAGACACAACUUUUUAAUUUUAUGGCAAUUGCUGCAGUAAUUGGUGAA